AUGGGGCGGCUGCGAUCUCGUCACGGUUGCUUGACGUGCCGAGAACGCCACGUCAAAUGUGAUGAGACGAGGUCGACUUGCGGGCAGUGUCUCAGGCAGCAACGACCGUGCCGCUGGGACGAUUCAUCCCCUCAGCUCAAGAUUAAGCGAUACCAACCGAGGCGUAUGGAUUAUCCGGUCUCUAAUGAACAAUCCCUACCACCGCCGGAAGGAGAUAAUCCAUCAAUGAAAGGGCUCUCAUACCCAUUCGGCUCUAUACAACAGCCAGAUUCAAUUUCGUGCCAACCCCCGAGCCUGACGUCACCUCCUAGAGCUCUCUCCAUCUCCGACCUUUGUCAGCAUGAGUCUCCAAGCCAGUACGGUGAUGACUCUGCCAUGAGCGUAGAUUGGAUAACCCCUACCCUUUCUGCGCUUCCACGCUGGGAAGCUUCCUAUUUGCAUCACUUUUCCACGCACCUGGCUCGGUGGCUAGACUGCACGGAUGCAUCACGACAGUUCACGCUUAACGUGACUGCCCUUGCCAAGAGCUUACCAAUUCUUCUAUAUGCUGUCAUUUCUUAUGCUGCUCGCCAUUUAGGCCAUAACAAUACAGCUGAUCAGUUCCAAGAAAAGUGCAUAGGGCUGCUCAUUCCCUUGCUGAGUACCGAGACCAUUGCCAACGACGAGACCAUCCUCUGCGCCAUAGUCAUAUUGCGGGUAUGCGAACAGCUGAGUGUCACUGUGAUUGGCGGUGAUCAGGAGAGGCAUCUAGCUGGGUUGAGUGCUCUGCUCAAGACGUCUCAAGGACGACAAGUAGACCCCUCGACACCUACACUCUCCCAAGCCGCCUUUUGGGUCUAUGUGCGACAAUGCCUCUUCAACGCCUGCGUCAAUCAACAACCACCGAAUUUGGAUUUCGAGUUGGUGUUGAUACCACCCCCACGCGUCGUCAACGGUCAAGCUGUCGACGUCAAGUCGGAGACUGCCUGGGCAAAUACCAUGACAUGGAUUUGCGCUACCGUAGUGCAUUUCUGUUUUCGUGGAAGCGUCUUGUACUCCGAAUCAUCAACAAGGAUGCAAAGGUGGCAUGAGCUGUCUGAGGCCGUUGAGAACUGGAACAAGACGAAGCCGAGUACAUUUGAUCCAAUAUGGUCUGGCGAACCAGAGCCGGGGGCGAACCCGUUUCCAGAGACCUGGUUUACAGCAGAUUGGCAUGUAAUGGCAUUUGGGUUUUAUCACCUGGCUAGGAUGCUUUUAAAGGUCUACUGUCCAUCUCCGCGAUUUGCCAUUCGGAGUAUUCAACGGGUCGUACCGGAAUCUGAUGAGUCUAUCAUGGAGCACGCCCGAGCCCUGUGUGGAGUGUGUAAAAGCUCGCCAGGAACUGUGCCGUCCCUCAUCACAUUAUGUCACUCUACAUUUAUUUGGGGUCCCUUGAUGACAGAUGAGCGAGAGCAAACAAGUCUAAUAAGCAUGCUCGAGGAUCUCGAGGCAUCGCAUGCCUGGCCAACAGCCUGGAUAAUCGAUGCUUUGCGAGAUGAGUGGUCAAGAUGCUAG